AUGGGGCUGGUAGUAAAGUUCGGUCUCCCGCUCAUCGGGAUUGUGGUACUGUGUGGUCUUGUCGCCUGCGCUAGGCCAGGAGGAGAAAAAGAAGGUUACGAGGACGUGAACAGCUUACCACCGGAGGAGAAACGCCGCAUCAUCCGUGAACUGCUGCGGGCCCAGCGGGACAUCCGUCAGGCACUGCUCAAGAUCCACUAUCACCUGGACGGUGACGAGAUAGAGGAAGACGAGGAGGAUGAGUACUUCGGGCAUGGUUGCUGGGACAAGGAACUGGCCGGUUACCGGCAGAACACUGAGGAGAAGAUGGCUUCGCUGACGAACGCCGUGAAGGAGGCCAACCAUGUGCUGGAUGAAAUCGAGGAGCGACUUAAGCGGCCGGUUGACCACGGACACUAUGGCGGUUACUACCCAGGCCCAGGCUACGGACACCACGGAUACGGACCGAUUAGAGGUCGCCCAACAGAGCCACCGAUAAUCACGACCCCCGAACCUGUCGAACCGAGCAACCCAGCGAGUUCGUUGCUAGACGAAGAAGAAUACUACGCACGGCAUCUCCCGGUUGCCGGAAGUCGACGAUACGGUCGGCUGCUCCAGGAACAGAACGAGCAGGUGUCCGAAGAGAACAGUAAGGUGGACAAGCCCCAGGAACCGUACAGUAGUGACGUAGCCGAAGCACUAGAGACACUAGCCGAGGACAAGGAAUAG